CAUUUGAUAACAUAAAGAAGUGGGUAUUACAGUAUUUUAGUUUUCAUGUCACUGUCCCCAUCUGGUAACCCAUACCUGAAGUGGUGCAUUGAGCCUGAAAUUCAGUCAGAUUCCUGCAAGCAAAUCUGAACAUGUAGAGGAUCAUGGCUGAAACUGCAGUUUGCCUGGGAACAUUCUCUGCUGUGAAGACACUCUGGGAAGUGAGAAUACACAAGAUAAACGAAGAAUUACAGAGAGAAAAGGAGUUCAGGCAGAGGUCUGCAGGGAGGCUACUGCUUGUCUGGGAGGAGAGAGCUGCUUUGGCAAAGCUCAAAGAAAAAGUUAUUAAUGAAGGUGGAAGAGCAAUUUUAAGGAUAGAGGAGGAAGAAUGGAAGACAUUACCUUCGUGCUUAUUGAAACUAAUCCAUCUCCAGGAAUGGCAGCUUCACAGAACUAGUUUGCAGAAAAUUCCUCAGUUUAUUGGAAGAUUUCGCAGCCUUGUUGUUCUGGAUCUAUCCCGGAACUCAAUUGAAAGUGUACCUAAAGAAAUUGGCCAGCUGACCAGCCUCCAAGAGCUGCUUCUCAGUUACAACAGAAUAAAAUCCGUUCCCAAGGAAAUAAGUAACUGCAUCAGUCUGGAAAGAUUGGAACUGGCUGUCAACAGAAGUAUCUGUGAUCUUCCUCCUCAGCUCAGUGAUUUAAAGAAGCUGUCACACAUAGAUUUGUGCAUGAAUCAGUUUACUGCCAUCCCUUCAGCUCUCCUCAACAUGCCAAAUCUAGAAUGGUUAGAUAUGGGGGGAAACAAACUCCAGGAGCUUCCUGAUGCAAUUGACAGAAUGGAAAACCUCCACACCUUAUGGCUCCAAAGGAAUGAAAUAAACUCUUUGCCAGAAACCAUUGCUAAUAUGAAAAAUCUUAGUACUCUUGUUCUUAGCAACAACAAACUUAAGGAUAUUCCAGCUUGUAUGAAGGACAUGACAAAUCUGAGAUUUGUCAACUUCAGAGACAACCCACUGGAGCUGGAGGUAACACUCCCUCCAUGUGAGAACACAGACGAGGAGCAGCAACAGGAAAUGUUUGGCAUUGACUUCAUGCACAUGUAUAUCCAGGAAUCACUCAAAAAAACAGGAAAUGUGGAAAGUUGUACCUCUGGUUCUCCUCCUGUCAUGAAUCCUAAUGAAUAAGGAAUGUAACUGUGAAUGGAAGAAAAUAUCAAGUACACUUCAUCACAGCAAAGAGGCUACAACAGGUUUCAAAUAUUCUUAGGGAUUUUAUUUUUCCAUUGAUGAGAACUGGUUUGAAUAUUUGUAAUUCCCAGUAAAACUGGAAAAUAUAAGACCUUUUCUUGGGUACGGGAAAAAUGAUAAAGGUUUCUUUUUGUAAGAAAUGAAAUAGUUUUUAUAAAAUCCCA